CCUACGCCAUCCCCGCCAUGUCGUACGGUAAAGCCUUUACAGCCGCCUUGGGACGCAGUCUCGAAGUCGUCAGGGAUGGCGCAGCUUCGGUCAUGCGACUCGAGGUCAAUCCCGGGACAGCCACCAAGAAGCCAAUUCACCUCUUCUCCAUCAAGUCGCAAAAGGAUCUCGAUGGAUUUGCUACGGGAUCCGAUAAAGACAUCGGAGGUCUCUCCGACGUCAAGCUGGGCGUCGACGAGGGACACGGCCGCUUCUUUGGUACGCUGAGCAACCAGCUACCUAGGAAUGCGCCAAUCCAGAGGACCGGGUACGCCGGAAUGAGAACGAGGAAUCGUCCCACCCUCUUCGGCGCUCAGACAUGGGACACAUCUCUCCACUCCUACCUCGCCCUCCGAGUCCGCAACUCCCUCUUCGCCACGUCCCCGCGCCCACCAGCCCCACCCUCUCCGCUCAGCCAAAUCGACGCCUCUCCCGGCGAUCGGAGCAGCCUCAACAGUGGCCGUAGUGAAAGCUUCUCAUCCUUGACUCCUCAACAGCGAGCUCGUGCCGCUCUAGGCCACGGAAUGGACGAGCCACUGGGCCCCAAGUUCUUCGCCAACAUUCAAACGGACGGGCCGGUAACCUCUGACCUCUUCCAGCACCGCAUCUGGCUCGACCCUGCAGCUGGGGAUGAGUGGCAGACGAUUGUCAUCCCGUUCGAUCGCUUCUUGAUGCUCAACACGGGAACGCUCGCUGAUAGCCAGAUCAAGAUGAUGAGACAGGCCGUUCGUACUGUUGGCAUAUCAUGCAUCUUGGAGGCGCCGAGGCCGCCAGGACCGGAUGCGAAUGCUGCGCCUGCGGAGAAGAGCGAUGUCAAUGGAGCACCCUCUGCGCUGCGCGGUGGAGGGGCGAGCAUCACACAGGCAGCCGAGGCGGCUGAGGCUGCGCCAAGGGAAGGGGAGGAUGACUGGGGUCGCGAUGGGACCAUUCGACCCUCGGACCAGCCCGACGCUUCGCCCCUGCGAGGUAUCAAGCGUGGGCAGAGCUUCCGCUUCGACUUGGGGUUGAUGGGCGCCAAGGCUGUUGGAUCAGUGGAAGAGGCGCUCGAGCUCGAGUGGUAAGCUGAGCGGAUGAGCAAUUGUAAACGUUGCUUCAGAUUUCAAAUGUAACACUAUUCGCGCAGUCUCGCCUCGACGCUUUUCUCUAUCACGUCUACUCGUCUCACUUGUUGCCCCCGCCCCCUCGCUG